AUGCGGUCUCUUUCUCCGUCAGAAGCGCCGGAUCGUCAGAUUCGCAUCUCAGCCCCGCGGAGAUUGCGGCGCCAUGACGCCGCGAUUGACGUCGAGGAGGAUGAGGAAGAGGAGGAAUUACCGUUUCGUUGGGGCGAUCCGGCCCCGGGCCCGAGUCGCGGCGGCAAGCGGUAUUACCUGUGGUUCGAGCAGGGAGGGGAGCGCUUCGACCUUUAUGACUGCGUGUACUGCCAGGCAGAAGAGGGGAUGGACCCGUACGUGGGGAAGAUCGUGCGCAUGUACGAGCUCCCCCCCAGCCGCCGCGGAAAGCGCAGCAGCAUCGGCGGAGGCGGAGGCGGAAAGCCAGGCGAGCGCAAGGUGGACAUCCGCUGGUUCUUCCGCGCGGCUGACGUGCAGGCGGAGGGCGGGCAGCUCCCAAGGGACGUGCGCCCCAACGAGGUGUUUCUGGCAGUUCCCGAGGGCACGCAGGGUGUCACUGACGCCAACAAAGUGAUUGUGGUGGACUCGCGUGCGCACAUACUGUGUGUGUCUGCCGACCCGCGCAAUCCACAGCCGAGUGCGGCGCAGGUGGAGGCAGCAGAGCUGGUGUUCCGCCGAGCAUGGGACAUGCAGCAGAAACGGGUGAUCGAGGACCUUCAGGUGGCCAUUGACGACCUGGGCUCAGAAGAGGCAGUGUUCAACAAGCCGACAUGGGUGCAGCAGCAGCAGCCAACCAGUGGGGCGAUAGCAGGGGAGAAGGAGGAGGAGAAGGAGGAGAAGGAGGGAGCUCCAGGCAAGGAAGCAGGAGAUGGGGCUAAGGGGAAUGUUGGGGCAGUCAGGGAGGAGAAGGAUGGUGCUUUGAGAAUCGACACGGAUGUGAAAGGGGGAGAAACGGGGAUGGGGGAGGGAAAGGGUGGGGAAAGCGGAGGAGGGGAGCAGAAACGGCUAAGCAAAAGGAUGAAGGUGGAGGAUCAGGUGGGGGAGAAGGGCGGGAAGCAGAGAAUGGAGAAGAAGACAGGAGACCCGUGGGACUUGGAGGAGGAGGAGGAGGAAGAGGAGGAGGAGGAAGUGGAGGAAGGGCAAGAGGAUGAGCAAGUGUACGAGGAGGAGGAUGUAGAAGAGGAGGAGGGGGAGGACGGGGAGGAGGAAGAGGGGGUGGGAUUGAGAAAAGAAGGGCAGGCAGGCACGGAUGGGACUAGGCAGGGAUUUCCGCAGGGAUUGCCGCAGGGGUUACAGCCUGCAGCUGCCCCUGAUGGGCCCGGCAUCAUCGAGGGCGCGUUGGAGGAGCAGCGGGUGAUGCGCAUCGACAACAUUCCUCCCUGCACCUCGUCGCAGCAGCUGCACGAGGCCAUGCUAGAGCUCUUUUCAGACGUGGUGGCGGUGCGACCGACUCUCUCCCCCAUUCUUGUUAAAAUCCAAAUUCUCCCAUCCCUCAUCACUCUAUGCUCCCACCUUACCCUUAUCCUCCACACUCCUCCUGCCACGUGCAGCCCUCUGAUUGGUCGCCUGCAGCGCCCACCAGCAGUGGCGCCAUCACCAGUGGAUGCACCCUCAGCCUCUCUCGUGUCACACGGGCCUGGCUACUUCACCAUCCGCAACAAACGUGGCGGCCCCGGACAGUACUCAGAUGACAAGAAGAACAGCUUAACCACAUCGCACUGUGCACAGCCCAACGUAGUGGAGUAUGAGCUGGGGGUGGAGUGGAGGGCGGUGCAGCAGAGGGAGGUGUAUAUGGUGAAGGCGCUACUAAAAGUCCACCAGGCAGAACUCAACAGCCUGAUGCAGAGCAUUCGGGACUGA